CCAUCUCUUAUUUAUCACUCUUUUUCUUUAUUUCUCCUUGUUACAAGGCCUCCUGUGAUUCCCAAACCCCAUCCAUGGAGAACAAUACAGAAGGGGCUGAGCUCAUACUGCUAAGACUAACCAAAGCUGCAGAGCUGCAGGUCCCCCUCUUUAUCAUGUUCACUCUCAUCUACCUCAUCAGUGUGGUUGGAAACCUGGGAAUAAUCCUACUGAUAUUCUUGGACUCUCAUCUCCACACUCCCAUGUACUUUUUCCUUAGUAUUCUGUCUUUGGUUGAUUUUUGUUACUCUUCAGCUGUCACUCCCAAGGUCAUAGCUGGAUUCCUCUCAGGAGACACAGCCAUCUCCUACAAUGCAUGUGCUGCUCAGAUGUUCUUUUUUGUAGCCUUCACCACUGUGGAAUAUUUCCUCUUGGCCUCGAUGGCCUAUGGCCGCUUUGCAGCAGUGUGCGAAUCCCUGCAUUACACCACCCCCAUGACGCCAGGCGUGUGUGUGCGUCUGGGCAUAGGCUCCUAUGUCUGUGGUUUCCUGAAUGCCUCUGUCCACAUUAGGGACACAUUCAGCCUUUCUUUCUGUAUAUCUAAUCUGGUCCAUCACUUUUUCUGUGAUGUUCCAGCUGUCAUGGCUCUCUCCUGCUCAAACAGAUAUAGUGGUGAGCUGAUUCUUGUUAUGGCCAGCUUCAACAUCAUUUUUGCUCUCUUGGUUAUCUUGAUUUUCUACUUGUUCAUAUUUGUCACCAUCCUGAAGAUGCACUCAGCUGAGGGAUAUCAGAAGGCUUUGUCUACCUGUGCUUCUCACCUCACUACAGUCUCCAUCUUCUAUGGGACUGCCAUCUUCAUGUACUCCCAGCCCAACUCCAGCCAUUCCAUGGACACAGACAAAAUCGCAUCUGUGUUCUAUAUGAUGGUCAUCCCCAUGCUGAACCCCCUGGUCUACAGCCUGAGAAACAAAGAGAUCAAAAAUGCAUUUAAGAAGGUUGUUGAGGAGGCAAAAUUGUCUCUAGGCUUCACCUUUUAA